AGAGAGAGAGAGAGAGAGAGAGAGAGAGAGAGAGAGAGAGAGAGAGAGACUCAUAAAUCAUUGAUUUGCGUGCUUUAUACUCAGCAUCUUCGAAAGAUUUGUCUCACAGGUGUGCACCCGCUCUUCAUGGGUAGCUGGACAAAAGUGAAAAGUGAAGUAUAAGGACACAGGAUUGACAAAGGCGCACGCAGAAAACAAAUGGAUCCGAUUGUUGAAGUGGUGGCCCUGUUUCUCGGGUUUUUGGGCUGGGUUAUGGUAGGCAUCACAUUACCUAACCGCUACUGGAAGACCUCCACUGUGGACGGGAACGUUAUCACCACCUCCACUCUAUAUGAGAACCUGUGGAUGUCGUGCGCUACUGACUCGACCGGAGUGCACAACUGCCGCGAGUUCCCUUCACUACUUGCGCUCUCCGGUUAUCUUCAGGCAUCAAGGGCUCUUAUGAUCACUGCUGUGGUUUUUGGGACAUUUGGCCUGGUUGCCACCCUCAUAGGCAUGCAAUGCUGCAAAGCAGCUGAGGACAACCUAGUUCUCAAAGGCAAGCUUGCUGGAACUGGAGGAGUCUUCUUCAUUCUACAAGGCAUUUGCACAAUGAUAUCUGUGUCCUGGUAUGCAUUCAACAUCACCCAGGAGUUCUUCAAUCCACUUUACCCAGGCACAAAGUAUGAGAUAGGAGAAGCACUGUACAUUGGAUGGUGCUCUGGGACUCUUGCCAUCUGUGCUGGAGCAUGUCUAGUAUUUUCCUGCAAAACUAAGACAGAUGACAAACCCGCGUAUACAUAUCAACCUUCCAGAGGAACCAUAUACUCUACAGGAGCAGCAUCAAGAAGAGAUGCGCAAAGCACUUAUGACAAGAAUGCAUAUGUCUGAUAAAUGAUCAAACAGCCAACCAGACCAGUACAGGACAACUCAGUGUAUAAAUAUGAUAAAGACCCAGAGUGUGUUCAUGUUCAUUGAGUGCAUGUAAUGUAAAUGUGUAGAUUUGUACAAGCAUUUGAAGCAUUGUAUGUUAGUUGGAAUCAAAUUACGAAGCCAGAUUUGUUUUUGUUUUUUUGAGUGACAAUUCUGCGGCAAUACUUGAAGCAACUUUUAAACCGUUUUUAUUAAUCUGUUCUACAGAAAUGCCUUGAAAUUAUUCCACUUUUAUACAGAAUUUGUAAUAUUUUAAAUUACAAAUUCUUUUUUUUUUUUUUUACAUUGUACAGGAAUGUUGACGCUUUUGUGUGGUUUUGUAAAAGUAAACAGCUGUUCACGAUACAGAUGAAUAAUUAUGUUUAAUUAUGUUUUAUUUUUAAUUUCCUGGCACAUUCUUAUUGCAUGUCUUUGUUUUAUAGCUAUAAUUGUGAAAUAAAUGAAUGCCAGAAUGCA